GUCACAGUAUCGUUCUGUCAAAACAAUUAAAACAACACAUAAUUUCUUAAAAAAUUAUAUAUCUUUAUUUUCAAAAUGAAUCAAAUGAAUAUGCACGUCCCGAUGAAUACCGUAGGCGGUCAACCUAAUGUUGGCAUGCAAAUGCCAGUCGCUGGACCUAUCAUGCAGCAACCUUCACCACAACAAAUGCAACCAGCUAUGUCUCAACAAACACAACAAGAUAAAUUGGAUAAUAUUUCCAAAGUUAAAACUCUGAUGGGUUCACUCCGUGAAUCUUUGAAUAUGAGCUUGAAAACUGGAGCGCAAAUAUUACAUCAAAAUCAUUGCAUCGAUUCCAAUCCACAAAAAAGUCUUGACAAUCCAGUGCCAAGGUUUGAUAAAAAUUUAGAAGAAUUCUUCUCACUCUGUGAUCAAAUGGAACUGCAUUUGCGCACUGCAAUGACGUGCAUCCAACAGGCACAGUCCGCAGCGCACUACCUGCCUCUCACCGUGAACACGUCGAGACUUGACUCCGGACCACCAACACAAGAUACCCAGCUAACUUAUCCGCAGUAUCUCAAUACGGUACGUCUUCAAAUAUCCUACGCCAAGGACAUCCAUGAUACACUCGUCGCCGCCGCACAAAACAUAUCGCCCACCGAAUGAACGAAACUGUAUUCAUAAGUAAUAAUAUUAAUUAAGUGUAAUCUGUGUAUAUAAUUAUAUGUUUUUAUAAUUCUUUAUUAUAAUAUUGUGAAUCAAUGUCGCCUAAACCAUAUCAGGCGCCCGGGUGUGUAAAGCAGCACGUCUAUUGGCUAGCGCCCUCCAGGGUUUACAGGCGCCCGGUCGCCUUGUGCCCUCCAGGGCUCACGGGCGCUCGGUCGCCUUGCGCCCUCAGGUUAAGACGGCCCUGUUAAGAAUAUCUGUAUUUAUUGACUCAAAUUAUAAGUAAUAAAUUGUUUGAAAAUUAAAAA